AAGACUUCAAACCAAGUUGCGGCGGCUCCGAGGAAACACCUCCGGCUUCACUCACACUUCAACCAGAACCAGAACCGAACCCACCGGGCGGGGGGAGAGAAGGACGCGACAUGCCGGCCACAGAGAAGGACCUGGCGGAGGACGCUCCGUGGAAGAAGAUCCAGCAGAACACCUUCACCCGCUGGAUCAACGAGCACCUGAAGUGCGUCAACAAGCGGAUCGUGGACCUGCAGCUGGACCUGGGGGACGGCCUGCGGCUCAUCGCCCUGCUGGAGGUCCUGAGCCAGAAGAAAAUGUACCGAAAGUACCACCCGAGGCCCAACUUCAGGCAGAUGAAGCUGGAAAACGUGUCGGUGGCGCUGGAGUUCCUGGAGCGGGAGAACAUCAAGCUGGUGUCCAUCGACUCUAAAGCGAUCGUAGACGGGAACCUGAAGCUGAUCCUGGGUUUGAUCUGGACCCUCAUCCUGCACUACUCCAUCUCCAUGCCAGCCUGGGAGGGCGAGGACGAAGAGGCAGAGACAAAGACGCCUAAGCAGCGUCUGCUGGGCUGGAUUCAACACAAAGUCCCUGAUCUACCGAUCACCAACUUCAGCCAGGACUGGAGGAACGGGAGGGCACUGGGAGCACUGGUGGACAGCUGUGCACCAGGCCUGUGUCCAGACUGGGAGACCUGGGAUCCAGUGAAACCAGUGGAAAACGCUACUGAAGCCAUGCAGCUGGCUGACGACUGGCUGGGCAUCCCACAGGUCAUCGCUCCAGAGGAGAUCAUCGACCCCAGCGUGGACGAGCAGUCCGUCAUGACCUACCUGUCUCAGUUCCCCAAAGCCAAGCUAAAGCCCGGCGCGCCGCUCAAACCCAAACUCAACCCCAAGAAGGCCCGCGCAUACGGACCCGGAAUCGAACCCACAGGGAACCGAGUGCUGCGUCCUGCUGUGUUCACUGUGGACACGUUCAGCGCGGGUCAGGGUCAGGUCAUGGCCUACCUGGACCAUCCAGACGGCACCCGGGAGGAGCUGAAGGUGGAGCCCAACGAGGGCAAGAAGACGUACAGCGUCACCUACGUUCCUCAAGUCAUGGGGCCUCAUAAGGUGACAGUGUUGUUUGCAGGACAGCAGAUUCCUAAAAGUCCGUUUGAGGUGAAUGUGGACAAGGCGCUGGGAGAUGCAUCCAAAGUAACGGUGAAAGGCCCGGGAAUCGAACCUGUGGGCAACAUCGCCAACAAACCCACCUACUUUGACAUCUACACAGCAGGAGCUGGAACGGGAGAUGUGACGGCCAUGAUCCGAGACCCACAGGGCCGCCAGAACAGCGUUGAGGUGAUGAUGGAGGAUAAGGGUGACGGCAUGUACCGCUGCACCUACCGCCCCACGCAGGCCGGACCGCACGCCAUCACCAUCACCUUCGGAGGAGUGGGAGUCCCCAAGAGCCCCUUCGCUGUGGACAUCGGACCGGCCUGCAUGCCAGGCGCCUGCAGGGCGACGGGUCGGGGUCUGCAGCCGGCCGGGAUGCGGGUCAAGCAGGUUGGGGACUUCAAGGUGGACACCAGGAACGCUGGCAGUGGAGAGCUGAAGGUGCUCAUCAAAGAUCCCAAAGGCAACGAGGAGCCGGUGAAGCUGGUUCUCAGUCAGGACGGUGUUUUCUGCUACGAGUAUUACCCGAGAAGUCCUGGAAAAUACACGGUGUCCAUCACCUGGGGGGCUCAGCACAUCCCCAAGAGUCCGUUUGACGUGGUGAUCAGUCCGGAGGCGGGGCCUCAGCAGAUCAGGGCCUGGGGUCCUGGACUGAAGGGCGGCAUUGUGGGUAAACCUGCAACCUUUGUGGUGGAGUCCAUCGGCACCGACGUCGGAGUUCUUGGUUUCGCCAUCGAGGGUCCGUCUCAGGCUAAAAUCGAGUGCGAGGAUAAAAACGACGGGUCGUGUGAUGUUCGCUACUGGCCGACAGAAGCCGGGGAGUACGCCGUCCAUGUGACCUGCGACGAAGAGGACAUCGAGCUCAGCCCCUUCAUGGCCCACAUCGUACCCGACAACAACGCCAACCACCCGGAGAAGGUCCAGGCUUACGGGCCGGGCCUGGAACCGACCGGCUGCCAGGUGGACCAGCCGGCCGAGUUCACGGUGGAAGCAGAGGAUGCUGGGAAAGGGCCUCUGAAGAUCACCGCUCAGGAUGCAGAGGGGCUUCCUGUGGAGGUGAAGGUGAGGAGCAAAGGGGAAGGCCUGUACCAGUGCUGCUACACGCCCGCCUCCUCUCUGAAGCACACCGUGUCCGUCAGCUGGGCCGGAGUCAGCGUCCCCAACAGCCCCUUCAGGGUGAACGUGGGGAAAGGAAGUCACCCCAACAAGGUGAAGGUGUUCGGUCCCGGGGUGGAGCGCAGCGGGCUGAAGGCCAACGAGCCGACGCACUUCACCGUGGAUUGUUCAGGAGCCGGAGACGGGGACGUCAGCGUGGGCAUCAAGUGGGACUCCAGCACAGACAGCGAGCAGGAGGCCGACGUGGACUUCGACAUCAUUCCCAACGCCAACGACACGUUCACCGUCAAAUACGUCCCUCCUGCUGCGGGCAGGCUGACGGUGAAGGUCAUGUUCACCGACCAGGAAGUCCCUCUCAGUCCGUUCCUGGUGAAAGUGGAGCCGUCUCACGAUGCUUCCAAGGUUAAAGCCAAAGGUCCGGGACUCGCGGCGACCGGUGUGGAGAGCGGUAAGCCCACUCAUUUCACUGUGGUAACCAAAGGAGCCGGCAAAGCGCCGCUGGACGUUACCUUCUCCUCGUCGGUGAAAGACUUCGACAUCAUCGACAACUACGACUACUCUCACACUGUGAAGUACACACCUGUGCAGCAGGGGGAGAUGACCAUCGUGGUGACCUUUGGCGGUGACCCCAUUCCCAGCAGCCCCUUCACGGUUGGCGUUGCCGCGCCGCUGGACCUCAGCAAAGUCUCUGUGGACAACCUGGACGGAAGGGUGGAGGUGAACAAGCAGCAGCAGUUCCUGGUGGACACUCAGGGCGCCGGAGGCCAGGGGCAGCUGGAGGUGGAAGUGCUGAGUCCGAGCCAGAAAGCGGUGCCUUGUAAAGUGGAGCCUCAGCCGGGGAGAGCAGCCGUCAGUUCGGUCCGCUACACCCCGACAGAGGAGGGCGUCCACGCCGUCAACGUGUCCUACGACGGGCACCCCGUCCCGGGAAGCCCCUUCCCCGUGGAGGCCCAGCUGCCUCCAGACCCCAGCAAGGUGAAGGCGUUCGGUCCCGGUCUGAAGGGAGGGCUGGUCGGCGACCCGGCCGAGUUCACCAUCGACACGAAGGGGGCCGGAACCGGCGGUCUGGGCCUGACGGUGGAGGGUCCGACCGAGGCGAAGAUCGAGUGUUCGGACAACGGCGACGGCACCUGCUCCGUCUCCUACCUGCCCACCGAGCCCGGAGACUACCUGGUCAACAUACUGUUUGAAAACGUCCACAUCCCCGGCUCGCCGUUCAGAGCCGACAUCCAGAUGCCCUUUGACCCCUCCAAGGUGGUCGCCUCGGGGUCGGGGUUGAAGAAGGCGAAGGUUGGAGAGAUCAGCGUUCUGAAUGUGGACUGCUCUCGGGCCGGGCCGGGUCAGCUCAGCCUGGACGCGGCGCCGGAGUCUGGGCCGGGCUCAGGCAUGAAAGCAAAGACGGAGGUGGUGGACAACCAGGAUGGGACGUACACGGUGACCUACAUCCCCCUGACCUCCGGCAUGUACACCCUGAUGCUGAAGUACGGAGGUAAAUCCGUGCCAGGAUUCCCUGCCAAGGUGAUGGUGGAUCCUGCAGUCGACACCUCCAAGGUCAAAGUGUUUGGACCCGGCGUCGAGGGCCAAGCCGUUUUCAGAGAAGCUACCACGGAUUUCACAGUGGACGCCCGACCUCUGACCCGGCGAGGUGGAGAGCAUGUGAAGGCCGAGGUCAAGAAUCCGUCCGGCGCUCUGACGGAGUGCGUGGUGACCGACCAGGCCGACGGGACGUACAGCGUCGAGUACACGCCCUUCGAGAACGGCGUCCACAGCGUCAGUGUUCUGUACGACGACGCGCCGGUUCCCAAGAGUCCGUUCAGAGUCUCUGUGACGGAGGGCUGCGACCCCAGCAGGGUGGUGGCCACCGGGCCCGGGCUGCAGCGGGCCCUGACGGACCAGAACAACACCUUCAACAUCAUCACCAGGGGUGCAGGAAUCGGCGGCCUCGGCAUCACCGUGGAGGGUCCGUCUGAGUCCAAGAUGUCGUGCAAAGACAACAAAGAUGGCAGCUGCAGCGUGGAGUAUGUUCCGCUCACGCCGGGCCUCUACGACGUCAACAUCACCUACGGUGGCGAGCACAUCCCAGGAAGUCCAUUUAAGGUCCCGGUGAAAGCCGUGGUCGACUCCAGCAAGGUCAAAGUGUCGGGUCCCGGUGUGGCGUCGGGAGUCAGGGCAAAUAUCCCACAAUCCUUCAGUGUGGACUGCAGGAAGGCCGGCGAGGCGCCGCUGGCGGUGGCCGUCACGGGCCCCAAGGGGCUGGCGGAGCCGGUGGAGGUGACGCCCAACGGCGACGGGACGCACAGCGUGUCGUACACGCCGACGGUGGAGGGACCGUACGCCGUCUCCGUCAAAUACGCAGACGAGGACGUUCCACGCAGUCCGUUCAAGUUCAGGGUUCUGCCGACGCAUGACGCCAGUAAAGUGCGCGCCAGCGGCCCCGGGCUGACCAGCGGCGUCCCCGCCAGCUUCCCGGUCCAGUUCAACAUCGACGCCAGAGACGCCGGCCAGGGCCAGCUGAGCGUCCUCAUCACGGACCAGGAUGGGAAACCCAAGCGGCCCAGUAUCCAUGACAACGAUGACGGGACCUACACGGUGUCCUACGUCCCCGACCGCGCCGGGCGCUACACCAUCGUCAUAAAGUAUGGCGGCGACGACAUCCCGGCGUCGCCCUACAGAGUCCGCGCCUCGGCGACCGGAGACGCCAGCAAAUGCACGGUGACGGGACCGGGCGUGGGCCCGACCGUGGCCAUCGGCGAGGAGCUGGGCCUGUUGGUGAACGCCAAGGCGGCCGGGAAGGGCAAGGUGAGCUGCGUGGUGGUCCAACCCGACGGCAGCGAGGUGGAGGCCGAGGUUCUGGAGAACGAAGACGGCACCUUUGACAUCUUCUACACCACACCGGCUCCGGGGAACUACGCCAUCUACGUCCGCUUUGGCGGGGAAAACGUCCCGCGCAGUCCGUUCAAAGUCAUGGCUACUGAUGAAGUUCCCAUCAGCCAACAGCAGAUGGCGCAACAGAGACAGGCCGGUCCCCCUAGCGCUGGCUUCCAGCCAUGGGUGAUGCCAGAGAACUACCAGUCAGUCAGCAGCGUGAACGGCAGUGGCUUCAGACCGUUUGACAUGAUCAUCCCGUUCGCCUUCCGGCCGGGAGAAAUCACCGGUGAGGUGCUGAUGCCUUCAGGUAAGUCUGCGCAGCCGCUGAUCGCAGACAACGGAAACGGGACGGUGAUAGUCCAGUACGCCCCGACUGAGGCCGGCCUGCAUGAGAUGCACAUCAAGUACAACGGCACACACAUCCCAGAGUCUCCGCUCCAGUUCUACGUGAACCACAGCAGCAGCCCCAACGUCACGGCCUUCGGGCCCGGACUGAGCUACGGCGUCGCCAACAAGGUGGCCACCUUCACCGUCUGCACAGAUGACGCCUCCGAAGGCGGUCUGGACCUGGCUAUCGAGGGUCCGUCCAAAGCGGAGAUCAGCUGCGUAGACAACAAGAACGGGACGUGCACCGUCAGCUACCUUCCCACACUGCCUGGCGAUUACAACAUCCUGGUCAAAUACAACGAAGAUCACAUCGAAGGCAGCCCGUUUACGGCCAGGAUCACGGAGGACAACCAGCGCCGCUCCCAGGUUAAACUGGGCUCUGCAGCAGAUUUCUUCCUGGACAUCAAUGAGACGGACCUGAGCGUGUUGACCGCCAGCAUCAGAGCGCCAUCAGGACGGGACGAGCCCUGCCUGCUGAAGAGGAUGGCCAACAACCACAUCGGCAUCUCCUUCAUCCCCAGGGAGGUGGGCGAACACCAGGUCAGCAUCCUGAAGAACGGCCGGCACGUCCCCAACAGCCCCAUCACCAUCAACGUGGUGCAGUCCGAGAUCGGAGACGCCGGACGAGUCAAAGCUCACGGCGACGGCCUCGUUCAGGCCACCACCUUCACCAACGCCAGCUUUGUGAUCGACACACGGGAGGCAGGUUACGGCGGCCUGGCUCUGGCCAUCGAAGGUCCCAGUAAGGUGGACAUCCAGACGAAGGACGUGGACGACGGGACCUGCGAGGUCACCUACUGUCCCACCGAACCUGGAAACUACAUCGUCUCCAUCCGGUUUGCAGAGGAACACGUUCCAGGAAGUCCGUUCACGGUGAGGGUGACCGGUGAAGGUCGCAUCCGGGAGAGCAUCACCUGUCGGCAGAAGGCGGCGUCGGUCGCCAGCGUUGGCAGCAUGUGCGACCUCAACCUGAAGAUACCCGCUACUUGGUUCCUCCUGGUUUUAUCUCAGCAGCUCCUCUCUCGCCCCUCUUUCCGCUCUCACUGCUCCCUCUGGUGGUGUGGAAGACCCGGCGGUUGGGGCGGCCGUCCCUCUGCUGCUGCCCAGGAUCAGAGCCCCUCCCUGGGCAGAGUGCGCCUCAUUUCCGGCCUCUCGGGUCUGGUGCUGGCGGGAGCGGCGCCGGGUCUUUGGGUUGUUGAUGUGCCCGGUCCAGCUGGCAGAGCUGGGACGGAGGCGAUGGACAUGCAGGACAUCACCGCCGAAGUCACUUCGCCGUCUGGAGCCAGCCGGCCCGCUGAGCUGGUUUCCAUGGGCAACGACACCUACUGUGUGCGGUUCGUUCCCACGGAGAUGGGCGUGCACAGCGUCGGCGUGACGUACAGGGGCGUGCACGUACCGGGCAGCCCCUUCCAGUUCACCGUGGGCCCGCUGGGAGAGGGCGGCGCCGGCAAGGUGACGGCCGGCGGCCCGGGCCUGGAGGGAGCGCUGGCCGGGGAGCCAGCCGAGUUCAGCAUCUGGACGCGUGAGGCCGGCGCCGGCGGUCUGUCCGUCGCCGUGGAGGGUCCCAGCAGGGCGGAGAUCUCCUUCGACGACCGUAAAGACGGAUCCUGCGGGAUCUCCUACGUGGCUCAGGAGCCCGGCGACUACGAGAUCUCGGUGAAGUUUAACGAGCAGCACAUUCCCGACAGCCCCUACCUGGUCCCGGUCGUGGCGCCGGUGAACGACGCGCGGCGCCUCACUGUUGCCGGCCUUCAGGAGUCCGGUCUGAAGGCGAAUCACCCAGCAUCCUUUGCGGUGCGCCUGAAUGGAGCGCAGGGAAAGCUGGAGGCGAAGGUUCACAGUCCGUCUGGAGCGCUGGAGGAGUGCGUCGUCACGGAGCUGGAGAAAGAUAAGUACGCCAUCCGCUUCAUCCCCAGGGAGAACGGCGUCCACACCAUCGACGUCAAGUUCAACGGCUCUCACAUCCCAGGAAGUCCUUUCCAGGUCCGGGUUGGAGAACCGGGGCAGAGCGGAGAGCCCGGUCUGGUGACGGCGUACGGAUCCGGUCUGGAGAGAGGCACCACAGGGACCCAGUCGGAGUUCAUCAUCAACAACACCAAAGCGGGACCCGGAGCGCUGGCCGUGACCAUCGAGGGUCCGUCCAAAGUGAAGAUGGACUGCCAGGAAAUCCCCGAAGGUUACAAAGUUCACUAUACUCCGAUGGCACCGGGAACCUACAUGAUCAGCGUCAAAUACGGAGGGCCCAACCACGUCACCGGCAGCCCCUUCAAGGCCAGAGUCACAGGUAACCGGCUGGUGAACGUGACCAACGCCAACGAGACGUCGACCCUGACGCUGGAUCCGACUCUACGAACGGCCGGCAGCGGCUCCGCUCAGAGCGCCAUGCCCAGACCGGGAGACUCGGACGCCAGCAAGGUGCUGAGCCGAGGACCCGGACUGAGCAAAGCCUUUGUGGGCCAGAAGAGCAACUUCUCUGUGGACUGCAGCAAAGCUGGUAAGAACAUGCUGCUGGUGGGCGUGUACGGCCCGCAGGUCCCCUGUGAGGAGGUUCUGGUCAAACAUCUGGGGAACCUGCAGUACAACGUCAGCUACGUGCUGAAGGAACGCGGCGGCUACGUCCUGGUGGUGAAGUGGGGCGACGACCACAUCCCAGGAUCCCCGUUCAACGUCACCGUCCCAUGAUGCACCGCGGGAAAAGCCGUCUGCUGCGUUUGCGUCCCUGCUGAGCUGGAGAGGAAACAUUGACUGCACUGCAGAUUACUGUCGAAUGAAACGCUGCUGAACAAAAAAACAAGGAUUUUCUGCUUGAACAUUUUAAUGUAGUUAAAACGCUAAAAAGAAUCCCGACACCAUCCCAAAACGUUAAACUGGAUUUGGGGAAAACAAGCAUUACUUAGAGCUGGAAUAACAAAGCACUUUCCUGUUCAACUCCUUUUGAGCUGGUUGGUCCACAAACGGCCAACAGAACCAAGUCGGUGCCAAACGGUGAUUCUUCACCUCGAUUGGGGAAAAACUGGACUUCUUCCUUUUACUUUGUGAAACUACUGAUUAUUUUUCACUCCCAGAAUGCAUCUCUUCCUUGAUGUUGCCAUAAAAGUUGACAGUUUACGCUGCCUUCAAGCUGCUGGUUGCUACUUCCUACCUGAGCCAGUGGCUUGGUUCUGAUCCGUUUCCUCUGUCGUCAUCAUGAUCUGAGCUGGAGAACGUUGAGUCUCUUCCUUAAUGCCGUCGCCUUUAUUACUGCUACUUUUGAUACUUUAACAUGAAAAUGAGUUUUGUAUCAGAGGGUUGGGGAAACUUCUCAUUUUGUGUUGGGGAAUGUGAAACUAAAUCCUGAUCUGAUGUACUGUACGUUUGAUAAUUAAAAUAAACUGGAAUCUAGAAAAAUGAAUUAAA